GUCAAUUUCAUGAGAUUUUAUUGUGUGUCUUUUAGACGGCUAAAACCGAUCACGGUCCAUCUCGCCUGAGAUUUUAUUGUUCGGAAUAAUCUAAAUGAUGGAUGUUCUUCGACCAACAAUGAUUCCACUUUCAGAUGAAACUAUUUUAUGGUUUGAAUUUUUGUUAAAACCUAAUUUACUUACGAAACAUCUUUCGAGGGCCGCUCCCGAUCCUUCCCCGACCGAGCUGAUAACACAGUUCCUUUCCAUUGCACCAGAAAAUCAGAAUCCAAAUGAACUUAAUUCGCCGGAAGCAGAUAGUAUGAAUAAAAACGAAGGACUGAAGUACAGCAAGAAGCAACUCGCGCUAAAAAUUCUAGCGUUGAAGGUUGCUGCUUUUCUUCGGUGGGAUUUGGAAGCAUUGGAAAAAAAUCUUCCUUUGCAAAGACAAAUUCAGCUGUUGAGUGAUUUGUGUAGCGUUACAGCUGGUAAAGCAGUCAAUUUGCCGCUUUCAUUGGUACAUGAAUGUCCAAUUAUUGGACCGGAAGGGUCAAAGCAUUCUCUUAACUUUGCGUUGACCUUGUAUCACCGAUGGGUGCUGCGGGCACAAGUAAUUCGUGGGUCCGUAGCAAAAAACGCAAAACCGUUCAACCUUGUUUCAGGAGUUCCGGACGCCACGUCCUAUUCAAUGCGGGAUGAUUCGUUUAUUAAUUCGUUGGAACCGUUCACCAACAUCAGCAUCGAUUUCCUUAACCAAGUUAUUGCGGAUUCCGAACCAUUCCGAAUUCUGACGUACGACUCAUUUGUAGCUCUGGAUGCACAUGCAGAUAGUGUUCAGCAGCGAUUUGACACGGCAAUUGCCAUAUCGAAUGCAGAGCUAAGAGCGCAAAUUCACUAUGACCUGUGUUUGUACUAUCUCUAUAUGCAGAAGUAUGAACUCGCCAAGCAGAAUAUUCUUCUCAGUAAGAAGAAUUUCGAUCAGGUAAAGCAUGAGUAUAGCACCAAGCCAUCGCGAACAUACCUUUACUGCAGCGUUGAAGAAGCACAACUUAAGGGAUACAUGAUGGCAUGUGGAGUGGCGGGUGGGUCUAUCGGGUUACUGCAACGCCUCAACGAAUCAGUUAUGGAUCAUUAUUCGGGUAUUGUGCCUAUCUUGAAGGAAGAUAAUAUUAAACGGGAAAUCCCGAUCACCCAGCGAAAGAUUCUUGAGCUAAACGUUGAAGGUUACGCUUCGAUGGGAAGUCCGGAGGCGGGUACCAACAACGAUCAUAAGGAGCUAGAGUUGGCGGUUGUUGCGUUGAAUGUCAUUCGUCACGUCUUAGAUGGCGAUAAUAUAUUGGGAUCGAAUGUGGCACUGCAGAAGUAUAAACUGCAACAGAUGAAGAUAUUGGAACUGUUGUUGCAGUUUGUAGACGAGCAGUUUGAAGAAUACAGUUUUUCUGACCGGAAUCGAUUAAAGACUUACUUUAUUCGCACGAUCAGCUCUUUGGGAAAUUCCGGAGGUGUGGAGACAAUUCUGAAAAGCUAUCAGAAACUUAUUUCUCUCCAGGAAUAUGAAGACUUGAAAAAACAGAGGAUGAGGGACGACGUUCAAUUCACCGGCAUUGGAAUACAAUCCGAUUGGACUAUAUGUGACUCCAAGAUGCUUCGAUUGGAUGUUGGCACUUACGAGCGACAGCUUAUCACGUGUACUCACGCUAGUGGUGUUCGUAAAAUGUUGGUAAAAUUGGCCGGAACUAAUCCUACCAAACCGCUUUGGAGCAUCAACCCGAGCUGGUCGAUUCCACUGCCAUUGAAGCAGCUGUUGAUGUCAUUGCAACGUGGCUUUUUGCAGGAUUUUGCAUAUAUUCUAGUAGGCAAAUCACGCGAAUUAGCAGCCAAAAAAGACUAUUCGGCAGCAAUUGCUCUACUUACCUGCUUGAAAAGUGAAACAACGCGGCAAGAUUUGGCCAGCAAUCCGAUGGUGUUGAAGUUGGGUAAGCUGGCCGCAUGGGAAGCUCUGUUAAUUCAGAUCCAGCAAGUAUUGGACGAGUGGCCAAAGAAGCCAACCGACCAGGUGCAAUUUAUUCGUAACUGUAAACAAUGUUUGAAUGCCAGCACGAGUAAUGAUGUGGCGCCACGUGCAAAAGUUCUUGAGCACUGUGCCGUGAUCCUACUGAAUUUUAAUGAUUGGAACAGUCUACUUAACCCAGAUAAACGUUAUCCAGCGUUGGAAUUUUGUUUUGCGAUUACUCAGGCCUAUUUUGACAUCGAAAAGUUUAAAGGGACUAAGAAAACUAGCCGCGAAGCAUGGGAUUUUAUACUGCCAUUGUUUGUUAAUCAGCAAUCUUCGCGGCAACGACAUUCAACAGAAAGUUCCACGAUGCUACAACUGUUUUUGUCGAAAUUACGCGAUCCGCUGAUUAUAACGAUUGUACUUUCCCUACUGGCACGAUUGCAUAACAUCCUGAAGGACGAGACUAAUUUAGAUCUGAACGCAGAGUACAUGUUUCUUUGGCCAACCAACGUUAACAAUCCGGCGGUUUAUAAUAUUAAAAUGGUGGACGAAAUACUGAACAGUUUCAUUCUUCAAUCGCUUAAGUAUUACCCACACAACGUUCCUUGGAUUAAACUGAAAGGUGACAUCGAGUUCUGCAAUGGAAACCAUGAAGCGGCCAUGCGUUAUUAUGUCACAGCGUUGAUAUCCGGAUCGGAGUACUGUACAAUCCAUCUGCAGCGGCCACUGUUGGAUGAUUUUAUUAUUCGGCGUAUGAUCAAGUGCUGUUCGAAUCUGGGUUGUUUCAUGCAGGCGGCUGUUUUGUGCCAAUUUCUAGAUGAGACCGACUACGGUCUUGCGUUCAAAAGUGUUAGUGAGAAGACCGCCAGUUUUUCGGAUGCCAUGGACUCGUACUACGGUUGCAUAUGGGAUCCGACUCUGUUGGAGUUCAUCGUCAAUUGGCACUUCAAAAAAGGAGAACACAAGCGCAGAUUGCAAGCGAUAUCUUAUCUCGGUCAACUCGAACUCAAUGCCAACAACAAUGAGGAAAUAAAACGAGAAGCAGCAGUUAUACGAAAGACACGCUUUUUGCGUUCUCUUGCAAAACAGUUCAUGCUGUAAAUGGGAACAAAUCACAAAUUAUGGAUAUAGCAAUUAUUUAUUUGAAAGAAAACAUUCAGUAAAUGAUUUUUAAUUCAA